UUCUUCAUCCACGGUGGCUCCUGCCACGUCAAUGGUUGGUGACGUCACAAUAGUGUUCUUGCAUGGGAGGGGAAUGGGUGUGGUCUAAAUCAAUCUGCAAGUACCAAUGUGCAGUUCAGUAUGGCUGUGAGCACUCUUGAACCACUAGUGAACAAAACUAUCUCGGUGAUUACAUCUGAUGGAAGAGUUAUUGUAGGUACACUGAAGGGAUUUGACCAGACCAUCAACCUGAUACUGUCGGCCAGCCAUGAGAGAGUGUUCUCCAGUGGAAUCGGCAUUGAAGUAGUACAACUGGGCCUCUACAUCAUCAGAGGCGACAAUAUUGCUGUGGUGGGGGAAGUUGAUGAAGAAAUGGAAGCUGAAUUGAACUUGUCAGAGAUAAGAGCAGAACCCCUAAACCCAGUAGUUCAUUAGUAUUAAUUUUUAUGAUUUGUGAUUGUAAAAAGGAAAUUCCUUCACAUAAAAAACGACACUCCUAAGAUACAA